AUGGAGUGGGAGAACAACACCAGAUUCCAGGAGUUCAUCCUGAUGGGAUUCCCAACUGUCCCGGAGCUGCAAGUGCUUCUCUUCAUGGGAUUCUUGGUGGCUUAUUUGUUGACCCUCCUGGAGAACGUGGUCAUCAUCACCCUGAUCAAGACAAACGAUAACCUACACAAGCCUAUGUAUUUCUUCCUCAGCAACCUCUCCUUCCUGGAGGCCUGGUACAUCACAGUUACUGUCCCAAAACUGCUGGUUAAUUUCCUAUUGGAGAGCAAGAGCAUCUCCUUUGUGGGAUGCAUGACGCAACUCUACUUCUUCAGCUCCCUCAUAUGCACCGAGUGCGUGCUCCUGGCGGUCAUGGCCUAUGACCGGUAUGUGGCCAUCUGCAACCCACUGCGCUACCCAGUCAUGAUGACUCACCAGCUCUGCCUGCAGCUAGCGGUGGGCUCCUGGCUAGUGGGCUUCCUGGCUUCCAUGCUGAAGGUCAUCUUCAUCUCCCAGUUGUCGUUCUGCGGGUCCAAUGUCAUCAACCACUUCUUCUGUGAUAUCAGUCCUUUAUUGAACAUGGCCUGCACAGACAUGACAGUGGCAGAGAUAGUGGACUUCAUCCUGGCUUUGUUCAUCCUGCUGGUCCCGCUGUCCAUCACCAUUGUCUCCUAUGUCUGCAUCAUCGGCACCAUCUUGCGCAUCCCCACCGCCCAGGGCAAGAGGAAGGCCUUCUCCACUUGUGCGUCCCACCUCACUGUGGUUGUCAUCUUCUUCUCAGCCACCCUCUUCAUGUAUGCCCGGCCCAAGAGGAUCCACCCUUUUGACUUGAACAAACUGGUUUCGGUGGUGUACACGAUCGUCACCCCCAUGCUAAACCCCUUCAUCUACUGCCUGAGGAACCAGGAAGUGAAGGGAGCUCUGAGGAGAGCUUUCUAUGGUGUGAAUGCUGUCCACAAGGUUCCUAUCCUGGUCACCAUCUCUCAGUAG